UGUCAGUGUUCCACUUUCCUCUAUUCCGAUUAAUCGAAACCAUUUGGUAUAUUUUUAAGACCCUCCGAGGGUCACACUUGCGCUCUUGAUUACGAACCUAAAAAAGUAAAAAGUAUUUAUUUUGUAAACUGCAAUUUAUAAAAACAUGGAACGUCCCUUUCAUUUGUUGUUUUACAAUCCCAUUUGUCGGCUCACCAGAGUGAGGCAACCAAUACGCAUGCCUGUGAGGCACAAGAGCACCAGCAAUGCAAACAAAGUCAACGUGAAGCGCCAGAGCAAAAUAUUCAACUCCUUGGUUGGAAAUCGGCGCGAAGGCAACACUCGCUGGUACCCUUCCCACGAUGUGAAUACCAAGAGUGGUCCAUCGGCGUCCAAUUCCAUUCGCACUCCAAAAUUCGGAGCAGCGUCCCAUUCACGUGCCCAUCUGGACAGUCGCCGAAUGUCCGUGCUGAAUAAGAUGUUCAUGACGACCAUAACCGAUUUUUUGGCGACCGGCGAUGGCGAUGCAGCCCGCUCCUUAGUCGGCCGGGGUUUGCAAGUUUCUCACGUGAAGAUCACCAGCGAUUUCUCGCAAAUCAAUGUGUAUUGGUCCUGCGGAUCGUCGGCUGAACAAGCCAGCACUAAGCUGGAGGAGGAUCUGGGUCGGUGCAGCGGCCAGCUGCAGCAUGAACUGUCCCAGCUGAACCUCAUGGGUGAGGUUCCCCGGAUCAAGUUUGUGCGGGACAAGACGAGCACAAAUCUGUGUCAGGUGCAGGAAAUCCUAGCCCGGCUCGGUCCAUUUGAAUAUGAACCUACGCGAAGCGAUGGAGAAGUGAAAAACUCGUCCGUAGAUCUUUCCCAAUCGGAGACGGAGACGAAUGUCAGCUGGCCACAGAUGCGACAAGAUGUUGUAAAUUUCAACCAAAGCUUGGUAAUGGACAAGAUACUCAACAAGAUGCAUAAAUUCAAAGAUGCCUGGGUCUCUCAUAUGAGGACGUUGUCCAAUUCAAAAGAUUCGACAUGAAAACAACUGUUAACUAUUACAUAUGUAGUAAUAAAUCGAUAAAUAUUUUA